UCCUUUUCCGUAAACAAUUCCAAAGAGAGCCGAUUGUAGUUGGUAUUGUAUUUGUAGCCAGAUAAAUACCAUAAAUAUUCUGUAAAGAGAUAAUUAAAGUACACCAUUACCAUUUUGAUGUAUUUUAUAUUGCUCUCUGUGUUGACCUGUUUAGCAACAUGUCAUUGUUUGAUCGAAAAGGAUGAGAAGAAUGAGAACCAUUGUGGUCUGCUGAAGCAGUGGCUUGAAUCCACAUCAGUGUCAGUGGAGAUCGGUAAAAAGGGUUUCCACAGGGAGGUGAUAACCACUGUUGAGCUCAGCCCUGGUGUGCCCACUGGUGUCAGAGUUUUGCUGGUUUAUAGAUGGCCCAGUGGUGUCUACAUCGAUCCAUACCAACUUGCAUCCCUGAGAGAUCAAAGUGAUUGGCAGAUAUUACUAGAUUCAGCCAUUGAUCUAGAGGCGCCUGCUCACAAGACUUCAGGGUUUGUCACCUUUGUGUAUCCCACCCCUGAUGAGCCAACUCCCAGACUACUAAAAGUAGCAAUUCCAAUACAUGGCCGCUACCACGAGCCCUCUUCUGUUGGGAAAAAAUAUACUUCUGUCGACAUACAACCACCUGAGCUGCUUCUGCGGACUGAAAAAUGUAUGCAGCUUGACAAUUUAGAGCCUCACACUGUCAUGGAUGCCCCCUGCACUGUCCACAAUUCAAGCAUGUGUGCGUGGGUUAAAAUCCAGCAUCAGCAGGAGUAUGGCCCUGUGAGUUUACAGUUCCCAGUAGGUGACGGGUCUUUGGUGAUACCUGUAUGCGGUGGAACUCUUCUCGUCACGAUGAUCUGCUGUGUGGCGCUGUCCAAAUACAUGUGGAAACAUCAGAUUAUUAAGUGAUGGACAGAUUACCUUGUGCUAAACAAUUCACGAUCUUAUAAUUGUACAGAUUUGUCUGCUACCAGGAUCAUUCUGUUAUCAUUAUGGUCAAAGUUUUUUAACCUACAACAUCGAAAGGCCACAAAAAAAGAUAACACCACACAGCCAUUAAUAGACCCAGAUAGAAAAGGUCAGGUGUAUAUGAAUAAUUUAAAAUGAGAAAUGCAUUGAACAUCUUACCUUCUGAGGUGACACAGAGAACAGGUUUCGUAACUGGAGAGAUUCCAGGUUUUACUCUGCAAAGUAAUCCAGACAACCUAGUUAACCCGCUUGUUGAAAAAGGCUUCAGUUACUGUAAAUAAACAUGUUUGUUGUGGUUAGUCCUCUACUUUUUGUGUGAGAUUUCGUCUUAUUACAAUCUUGGCUCAGAGAGAGGAACAUAGCCCAGGACUCUGUGGUGAUUUUAUUAUUUGUGAAGUAUAGACAAUUUCCCAUCUUACUGUAUGUUGUCAAUAAAGUUUUGUUCUGUUGUGUUCUACCUCUGUU